AUGGGGAAGUAUAGGAAGAGAUUCAAUGAAAAAGCUAGAUCUGGAAUGCUAGCGAAGCAGGCAGCAUUAAAGAAAGCACGAAAUAAACAAUUGUAUGCUCAAGAAGACGAAAAAGAAUCAGACACUGAAGGUACAAAAUUAUCAUCAUAUGAUAUAUCAACAUUUAAUACACAAGAUUCCAAUGCUGAAAUACUAGCUCCGGUAUCAGAGGAGGAACGACUAGCUCGGAAAAGAGCACUCGAAGAGAAUCUAUAUUCACAAAAUGCUAAGACUGAAAAAUUGUCAAGAUCGAAGAAGAAAAGACUCGAUAAAUAUAUUGAACAUCAAUUAAAACGUGAGGAAAAGAAAACAUUACUUGCAAAACUAGCAGAAACAAAAGUAGAUACAUCGAAAUACAGUGCAUUGAAAGAGUUGGGGAAAGGUAAGUUGACAAAGAAAGAACAAAUGAUAGAGGCCUUAGAGCUAGAACGACAAGGUAGAGGUGAUGAUCAUACUAAAGAAAUACUAUACGAAGAAAGAGACGUGGAAGAAUUUGAUGAAGAGAACAUAAUUGGAGCUAAUGAAGAUACAUCGGCAAGUCCUGUCCAUAAUAAGUCUUCGUUCUUGGACAAUAGGCCAUCCAAAUUUGGGGGAUCAGGAUUUGGGUUUGGUUUCAGUAAUAUACCUGUAAUUAGAAGAGACAAUAAAGAGUCGAAGAAAAAAUACACAUGGAGAAAAAGAGUAGAAGAUGAAGAGAAUAAAAAGCUCAAGAUUGAAGCAGAAAAGGAUUUUGAAUCGGACUCGGAUAGUGAAGUUGAUGAUGCAGAGGAAGAAGAUGAUGAUGAUGACGAAAUUGAAGAUGAUGACGAAGAUUCUGUAAAUGAUGAAAGAAAUGGAGACGGGAAUGAAGAAGAGGAAGAAGAAGAAGAAGAAUUAGUGAAUAUCGUGGAAGACGAAGAUGACGAAGACGUUAUUAAAGAAACUGGAGGCAAGAAAUUUGAGAAGAAAAAGAAUAAUAAAAAAGAAAUUGAUCAUGAACAGGAAGAAGACGAGGUAGAAGAUGAAGAUGAAGAAGAUGAAGAUGAAGAAGAAGAAGAUGAAGAUGAAGAAGAUGAAGAUGAAGAAGAUGAAGAUGAAGAUGAUGAUGAUGAAGAUGAGGAGGAGGAAGAGGAAAUGACGACAAAGCUUGAACAAAAUAAACCACGUCACUCAAAUACGGCUACUUCUUUCAAAGAAUGGGCAGAACAACAAUUGAAAAAGAGCGAAGGUAGAGAAAACAUUCCACUCAUUGCUGAAAUAUCUGAGGAAACUAAACAAAAAUAUUCUAAACCUAGUGUCAGAGAAGAAGAUUUCGAGCACAGUUCAGAUGAAGAAGGUUAUAUUCAAAUUGAUAAAAACUUACAAAGAAAAGCAUUUGUAGUCAAUGUUCAGAGGUCAGAUGAAAUUCAAAAACAACGUCUUGAACUUCCAAUAUUUGCAGAAGAGCACAAAAUAAUGGAAGCAAUUUAUCACCAUGACUGUGUAAUAUUAUGUGGUGAAACUGGUUCUGGUAAAACAACUCAAAUACCUCAAUUUUUAUAUGAAGCAGGUUUCGGUAAUAAAAGAAAUGAACUAUAUCCAAAUAUGAUUGGAAUAACUCAGCCAAGAAGAGUAGCUGCAGUGUCGAUGUCGGAAAGAGUAGGCAAUGAAUUGGGUGACCACAAACAUAGGGUAGGUCAUCAAAUAAGAUUUGAUACUUCUAUCAAAAAUGAAGGCACCGAAAAGGGGACUGUUAUGAAAUUUAUGACGGACGGUGUUCUAUUAAGGGAGAUGAUGAAAGACUUUUUGUUGACAAAAUAUUCAGCGUUAAUCAUUGAUGAAGCUCAUGAAAGAAAUAUAAAUACAGAUAUUUUGAUUGGUAUGCUAACUAGAGUUUUGAAAUUGAGAAGAAAGUAUCAUGAAAAGGAUCCUCAAAAAUACAAACCUUUGAAGGUUAUUAUUAUGUCUGCUACAUUGCGAAUCAAAGAUUUUUCUGAAAAUACGUCCUUGUUCAAGGUUCAGCCACCAAUUAUCAAUGUGCAAGCUAGACAAUAUCCAGUCUCGAUACAUUUCAACAAAAAGACCGAAUUUGAUUAUCAAGAAGAAGCCUUAAAGAAAGCAUGUAAAAUACACAGAAAACUUCCACCUGGUGGUAUAUUGAUAUUUAUGACAGGACAGUCUGAGAUUACAAAUUUGGUAAAGAAACUCAAAGAUUUGUUUCCUUCUAAAAAACAACUAAGGGGUAAUGAAAUAGAAUCAGAAACUGAUGUUAAACUUUCAAACAAUGUUCAACAAGAGGCGGAAGAUAUUGAUUUUAGUGUAAAUCUAGCUGAUCAAGCACAUUAUGAUGAUUUUGAUGAUAAUGAAUCAGAAGUAGAAGAAGAAGGAUUUGAAGAAGCAAUUGACGAUCAAAAAGUUGGUCCACUUCAUGUUUUACCGUUAUAUUCGCUUUUACCUACAAACCAGCAAAUGAAAGUUUUCGAGGAACCUCCUAGGGGAAGUAGAUUAUGUAUUGUAUCGACAAAUGUUGCUGAAACUUCUUUGACUAUUCCUGGUAUAAAAUACGUGAUUGAUUGUGGUAGAUCGAAAGAAAAGAAAUAUAAUCAAGAAAAUGGGGUUACUUCUUUUGAAAUUGAUUGGAUUUCUAAAGCAUCGGCGGAUCAAAGGGCAGGUAGAGCAGGUAGAACAAGUGCUGGUCAUUGCUACAGACUUUACUCUUCGGCAGUUUAUGAAGAAUUUUUUCCGCAAUUUAGUGUACCUGAGAUUUUGCGAACUCCAUUUGAAAGUAUCGUUUUAAGUAUGAAGAGCAUGGGUAUAGAUCAAAUUGUGAAUUUUCCAUUUCCGACACCUCCAGAUAGAACAGCUUUGAAACAAGCAGAAGAAUUACUUGUCAUUCUUGGUGCCCUUGAUAAUAAGGAUCUUCAGAUAACAGAUUUGGGUAGGAAAAUGUCAUUAUUCCCAUUAAGUCCAAGAUUCUCAAAAAUUUUAAUAAUGGGUAAUCAACAAGGUUGUCUUCAGUAUAUCAUUGCUAUAGUUGCUGCUUUAUCUGUUGGUGAUCCGUUCAUUUCAGAAACUGAGUUAAUUGGUAAUAUGGAUGAAGAUCAAAAGAAAAGCUUCAGAACUAAAUUCUAUCAAUCAAAAGCUCUUUUUGCCAAGCUUGACUCAUCUAGUGAAUGUAUGAUAUCAUUAUCUGCUGUAUGUGCAUUAGAUCAUAUAUCAAAAGAUCAAAUCAAAAGUUUCAUUUCAAAUCAUUAUUUAAGACAAAAGAUAAUUGAGGAGAUACAAAAAUUACGAAAGCAAUUAAGCAGCAUAGUGGAAAGAUGCUUAGUCUCACCAGCUGGUGGUACAUUUGAAAUAGCAGAUAAAUUGGCCGUACCAAAUAAGAAACAAGUUUCUGCAUUGAAACAAAUGAUUGCAUCUGGAUUUAUUGAUCAUGUGGCAAUACGAGGAGAUCUUAUUUCUUCAGAAGUGAAAAUUCCCAACAAAUCUAGCAUUACCAAUGUUCCUUAUUGCCCUGUGAUGCCAAUCGAUCAUGGACAAUUUGUUUACAUUCAUGGGAAUUCUGUCAUGACAAAGACUGGUACUUCUCCUAAUUAUCUAGUAUACAAAACAUUAAGCACUAAGUCUAGAAACUCAAAUUUAGAAGAUGAACCUUCAAAAAUCAGAAUGACACCAUUAGUUGAUAUAUCCGGCAAACAAUUAGCUAACAUAGCUAAAAAAUCUGUUUUAUUGACAUUUUCAAAACCUUUAGGUCAUCCUUAUGCACCUGUUAAUAUAACGCCCACCAAGAGAGAGUGUUAUGUAGUACCUAGAUUUGGUUCAGCUAUAGGAAGUGGUGGUGUUGGAUGGGAUUUACCUGCUAUGAAAGUCACUCAAAUAAAAAGUAAUGGUCAAUGGAUAACUUUAUAG